AUGCCUACACCAAGUAUAUUUAUAAAUUCAGCUCAGGAGGAUGAUAACAACGGCGGGGGAAGUUUGAAAGCGUCAGUCAAAUCGAAACCAGCAUUAAAUCUUCCUGUACCAGAAUUAAAAAUUGUUAAUGAUGAUGUUGAUGGGGAGGAGAAUAACGUGUCUAGUGAUGAUGAAGAUGUCAUGACAGCUGAAGAAGAAGCUGCUGUUGCUCGCCGAUUUCUCGGUGGAGGUGAAGUGACAGAACAAAGGAGAAUGUCUUCCCUGGAUAUGUAUCUAUUACAACAAGAAGAUAAAUGCGAAUCCAUGAUAAUUAAUCGUCAUAUCAGUUUGAAAGCAGAAGAGAAAGAUUAUGAAACAGAACAAAAACGCUUCUUACAAAAAGAAAAAGAGGAAAUGGAGAAACAUCAAGAACAAUUACGAAAAGAACGUGAAGAGGUUAAAAAGGCCAGAGCAUCAAAACGACAUUCGAAGGUGAAUGCAGAUCAAGAAGCCAAUAAAAAUAGUCAAACAAGAAGAAUGACGUAUAGAAAACAAGGUCUCGGUGGUAUGAGUAAAGAACGCAGAAAAAAACUAAAGGAAAUGAUAAUGCAAAAAGCGAAAGAUGAACUCAUUGAAGAAAGACGCAAAGAACUUCAUAACAGAGAAGAUCAUAUCAGGAAACGAGCACCUCCAUUCGAUAUUGACGGUUUAAACGAAACUCAACUCCAAGAAAAAUUGAAAUCAUGGCAUACAUAUAUUAAAGAUUUGGAAUCCCAAAAAUAUGACUGGGAGUUAAGAUUGCGUAAACAAGACGAAGAAAUUAAUGACUUGACAGCUCAACUGUGUGCUAUCAAAGGUCACUUGUAAGUCAAAAAUUAUCAUAAAAUCAAAUUAACUUCAUUUUGUUGCUUUUUUCGAAAUUUACUCACAAGGAAAGUCGUACUUAAUUCAACUGUAUAGAGUAUUAAUUGAGUAAACUCUUAGGUUAUCCAUCUUGUGCAGUAUUUCCUAUAAAAACAUAUUUUCUUGAUUCACACCCUCUUAUCAGCAUCUUCAAGUAGUACAGAAUGUUAAUUAAAGAGGUGUCGCAAAUUAAUAUAUUGUUUUUAAAUUAUGAGUAGUAAUCGCUGAAUACUGAUAGGUAUAGCUCUUCAACUUCUACUGUUCCUUUAAAUGUUUCAAUGGAGUGUGGUAUAUACACAAUAUUCUAACAAACAGAACAAUACUGUGUACCAUAAAUUGUGUUAAACAUCAGAGGUUAAUCUUCGUGAAACUAUAAAAUCAGUUUUAUUCCAGCCGACAAUCAUCAGUAGGAUGUAUUUGCAGCUCCAACUGUAAUAUCUCCGAUUCGAACAGUGAAUUUCUCACUGACUCACUGUCACUUUCAAGCAUUAAAGGAGUCUGAAGUUUUGAACUGCAGAUUGAUGACCAAGUUAGUUUGAUUACUCCGAUCAGUACUUGUAGAUGUUUAAUGAUAGAAAUGGUGGUGCUUAUGCGUACAUGCAUCCACAAACAAUCAGGGAGACGUUCUCAAGAAUGUUUAGGAAGUGAGACAAAGUUGUGUGAAACGUACUCAACAAGCAGUCACGCCUGUAAACAUACAAUGAUGAAAUAAAACACUAGUGUGAAAACAUUAGACGAUUUGAAAGAUAAAAUACUUUUUCAGAAAAACUCAAGAGAUAUCAACAAAGAAUUUUAGUCCCACUAGAAGGAUUUUUCUAGGAUCUAGUUGGAAAAAACUUCAGCCAAUUUAACGUAAGAUUAGAAUUUCAACACUGUGGUAGAAUACAAUUUCAUAUUAAGCAAACUUAUUUGGCUGAGUACACAGUGGUGAAGCGUGAAUAACUGAAUGAUACUUCGAGCACAAUCCAUUGCUCAAAACACAUCGACAUGAAGGCCUAUUGUUGACUGCCUCCAACCAUCUAAUAACAAUAGUCCACAGUACACUAUGAUGGCUAGCCAUCUAGAAUGGUUGUCACAUUGCAAAACCUAACUGACAGUAUUCAAUCUGCACCAAACAAAGGAUUAAAUGCAAGACACCAGUUCAAUCAAAGAAACUUAUCUUUUGCCUGUUGUCUUGAUUACCAUUUAUAAUAUCAAGCAGAUGAUAUAUUGUGAUCGGAAUAACUUUGUUUCCAAAGGAAACCACACUUAAAUCUCACCACUAACCAAUUUGCAAAUUGUAUAAAUUAACCUUUAUUCAUGUGUGCAUUAUUUUUGCAGUCAGUUCCGCCUAUUUCUUGUAUUAUUUUCAAACACAAACAAACAUUGACUUAUUCUUCUUCAAUAUAUAAAACAUUUAGCCAAAAACCAAUUCUUCGUAGAGU